UGCUGAAUUCCCAGCCUCCCCACUUUUCAACGAGCGCACCGCUAUUUUUAGCACUGCCACGGAUUAAUGUAAAGUGGCGCAGAGACCGUGAACCGGACUGUCCACAAGCAUUGUAGGACCUCGCUCGGUAUCGGUGCAUUCGGCGAGUUACUUGUUACGGAAACCACUUGGCACGGAUUCGGAAAUCGAGUGGGGGGAAUGAUGACAAACCCCAUGUACCCGUUUCUGGCUUUCUUUUCCUAAAGAAGCAUUUUCAAGGAUGCUGCUUUCGAAGCGGAUCGAACGACAACCCCGGCCCUCGCUCCUGUCCGUGGUUCUCCUAUGUUUCAUUCUCACCACUGUCAGUGCCAGCAUGCCAGCUGGGGGUAAGUGCCCGUACCACAUAGACUGUGCCCGUGAGGGGCGGCACUUCUGCAAACCUGGCACCUCCUACUGCGGCCCCUGCCUCACCCCAUUGGAAGAGAACGAGGAAGGACAGUGUGUAGCAAGGAAGAGGCGCCAUCACCAUGGUCAAGUGACAGCCUUCUCUGAUCUAGAUGAAGAGAUUGACUUCCUUCACUCAGUCAUUGCCAAACAGGAAGUGUCAGAGGUCAAACAAUCAAAACAAUCAGACACCCCCUCCAAGGCAGUUCCUAUGACUCAGACAAAGUUUCCCAGACAGAGAGGCAAGGCCCAACCUUCUGUGGAGCAGCCCACUACCGCCCACCCCUCUACCCGGACCCCGCAGCCUGCCACUGGGGCUCUGGAGAGGGUGGGACCGGGGGGACCUGGAGGCCCCAUAGCCAUCCCAUUCCCCUCCAAGGACAGUCUCCUUGUCAUUAUGAUCUCUGUGUGUAUCAUCUUUGGCACUGUGGCCCUGAUCUUGGCUACAGUUUGCUGGGUAAGGUUGCAGAAGGAAUCACGUCUGGCCCAGAAGGUAGAUUACCCUGUAUUUGGAAGCAAUGGAAAUGGAACAGCCAACAGGACUUCAUCGGGGGAUAAGAAGUUGGCACAGAGUGCUCAGAUGUACCACUACCAGCAUCAGAAACAGCAGAUGCUCUCCAUGGAAAAACAUAAAUCGGAGACGAAAGUCACUGACUCAGAAGUCACAUCAGAUGAGGAAGAAGUGGGCGGAGACUUCACUGUGUACGAGUGCCCUGGCCUUGCACCGACUGGAGAGAUGGAAGUGAAAAAUCCUUUGUUUGACGACUCUACCCUACACUACCAAGGGAAUCCCAAGGGAAUUCCAUAGGCUUUAAUGCAUGCUGGAACACGCAGACACCACACACACAGAAACAUACACCCAAUUAAAACACAAUACAAACCUACACACACACACACACACGCAAUUUCUUUACUCUGGAAAAGACCAGCUUAACUCUCCAAUCAGGUUGUUCUCUCAAAACUGGACAGGCUUAUACAGAUGUUGGAUCUUAAUUUGAUGCAUUUUGUUGCAGAAGGAAAAUUAUCUGCAGCAGGAGGAAUUGAAUGUCUAUUUAAUAUUGAGAAUCAAUACCAGGGGGCAGCUGGAAGCAGUGUUUUGUAGGCUAUACAAUAAUUUAGACUGUAGGUCCACUGACUAAUUGUUGUAUUAUAUGUUCAAGGCAAACAAUAAGCAAAAUAAAUUGGUGGUUAUCACAGA